AUGAGAUUGAAAAAAGGCGAAGGCUACAAAGCAGCUCACUCCAACAGAAAAAACUACUUAAGCUAUAGUGUGAAAUGGGUAGAUGUUCAAUCUGCGUUUAAUAGCCGAAUCAGAACUGGAAUGAUUGUUAAUCUUAAACAUAAGGAACCAUUAAAUUUUUUAAUUAAUUGCAAUGAAGUAUUCUACCGCCAUAUACAAAAUGUACUGAAAGCGGAGCAAGCUGUUAAAAUUAAUGCGGUUCUGUGUGCAGAAUUUAAAAAAUUUAGUGGCGAUAAAGAGUUAAGUGAAACGAAGUAUAUGAACACCAGAAAUAAGCCUGUGUAUAACAAUACAAACAUUAAAGAAUUUUUCUCAGAGAAUAUAGAAAAGAAUAUAUUGGCAAAGUUAGAAGAAUUUCAAGAAAAGGAUAGUGGUUGGGCUUUGUCGACAGUUUAUCACUUAACUAUAAAUGUAAACAAGUUUACUCCUAUGUUAGGAUCGUCUUACAUUAAAUUGCCACAUGCGAUAAUUAAGAAAAAAGCUUGUAUCAACGUUAAAAAUUAUGACAACGCAUGUUUCGCUUGGGCUAUUGUUUCAGCACUUUGUCCUGUUAAUGAAAAUUCUGAUCGUAUAACGCAAUAUCCUCAUUCUGCAAGCCUUAUGAAUUUAGCGGGGAUACAGUUUCCAGAUUUUGAUGUUUAUUCAACAUAUUUAACAAAAAGCAAGAAAAAUCAACAUGUAAAUCUUCUUUUAAUACAAAAUAUAUAUUAUAAUGAUGAUAAUUUCCAAAAUGAUGUCGAGCACAGUUCCGUGGGGGUUCAGUAUCACUUUGUUUGGAUCAAGGAUUUAUCGAGACUUCUUUCUUCACAGCUUUCUAAGCAUAAUGGUAAAAAACAUUUUUGCGAUAGAUGUCUUCAUUAUUUUAAUUCUGAAGCUAAUUUAAUGGCGUAUUUGAAAGAUUGUACCAGUCUCAACAAUUUAAGUGAUAAUAGUAAGAAAUAUCAAGAGCAUGUUCCUUGUAGUAUAGGUUAUUAUGUAAAAUGUGAAUAUGAUCCCACGUUGUCGUUUUAUAAAUCAGUUCGUGGCCCCAAUUGCAUUACUUGGUUUGUUAAAGAACUUGAAAAAUUUGCUGAGGACGUGGAAACUGUAUUUCUUUGUCCUUUACCUAUGGAUAAAUUGACUGAGGAACAAAACAAAGACUUUGAAUCAGCGAAACUCUGCCACAUUUGUGAAGGCAAAUUUGAUCACUCUGAUCAAAAAGUAAGGGACCAUUGUCACCUUACGGGUAAAUUCCGGGGUCCAGCACAUGAGGGAUGUAAUUUAAAUUUUCAAGAUAGUCACACAAUUCCAAUUGUUUUUCAUAAUUUAAGUGGUUAUGACUCACACUUUAUAAUAAAGAAUUUAGCAACUGAUUUACAAGGAAGGGUAGAUUUAUUGCCAAUAAACAAGGAACGAUAUAUAUCUUUUACAAAACAGAUAGAAGAUUUUGCAAUCAAAUUUCGAUUUAUUGAUUCUUUUCGUUUUAUGAGUUGUAGUUUAGAUACUCUUGCAUCAUAUUUGAACUCAUAUCCAAUUUUAGAAUCUGAGUUUAUAGAUAUGAAUAUUGAACAAAUUAAUUUACUAAAGAGAAAAGGUGUCUACCCUUAUGACUAUUUUGAAAAUUUCGACAUAUUUUUAGAAAAUCGACUGCCCUCGAUUGAUAAAUUUUAUAAUAAAUUAAACAACUCUGGUAUAAGUGAGAAAGAUUAUAUACACGCCCAAAAAGUGUGGCAAACACUUAAAAUUAAAAAUUUAGGUGAAUAUUCCGAUCUAUACCUCAAAACUGAUGUACUCCUCCUAGCGGAUACCUUUGAACAAUUUCGUUUAAGCUGCCAUCAAACAUAUAGCUUGGAUCCAGUCCAUUAUUAUACGUUGCCAGGGUAUACUUGGGACUGUAUGCUUAAAUAUUCAGAUAUUACCUUAGAACUUCUUACUGACAUCGAUAUGCUUAUGUUUGUUGAACGAGGUAUACGUGGGGGAUUAAGUCAAUGCACUAAACGCUAUUCUAAAGCUAAUAACAAAUAUAUGUCUGAUUACAACCCCUCGAUACCUUCAAAAUACUUAAUGUAUAAUGACAUUAAUAACCAGUAUGGAUGGGCUAUGUCACAGCCCCUUCCAGAAGGUGAGUUUAAAUGGUGCGAUAAUGUGGCAAAUUUUAAAGUGAAGUCUAUUAUAGAUAGUUCUCAAAUUGGUUAUUUUUUGAAAGUGGACUUAGAAUAUCCGCAAGAAAUUCAUAAUUUGCACAAAGAUUUACCAUUUUGUCCGGAACAUAUUUCUGCCCCUCAUUCAAAGCAAAAAAAAUUGCUUGCUACUUUAAACAAUAAAUCAAGAUAUAUAAUUCAUUAUCGGAAUUUAAAGCAAGCAAUUAAAAACGGGUUAAAAGUUUUGAAGAUUCACAGAAUACUGCAAUUCAAACAAUCGCCAUGGUUAAAAUCAUACAUUGAUCUGAACACAAAGCUUCGAACACAAGCAAGAAAUGAUUUUGAAAAAAAUCCUUUUAAAUUAAUGAAUAAUGCGGUUUUCGACUUAGCAAAAACAACAAUUUAUGAUUUCCAUUAUGAUUAUAUGCUUCCACAAUUCAAUAAAAACUGUACCAUUUGCUACACUGACACGGAUUCGUUAAUAUAUGAAAUUAAUUGCCCUGAUUUAUAUGAAAUUAUACGAAGAGAUUGCCAUUUAUAUUUCGAUACCAGUGACUAUUCGAUUGAUAAUAAAUGGGGUAUUCCUCUUGUAAAUAAAAAAGUAUUGGGUCUAAUGAAAGAUGAAAACAAUGGAAAAAUUAUGACUGAGUUUGUAGGUCUAAGAUCUAAAAUGUACGCUAUUCGAGUAGAAGGAAAUGAAAAUUUAAAAAAGAUUACUUAG